AUGGCUCCAUUGGACAAGAAGAUUAAGAAGUUCUUGAAGAACUCAAUUAGGAUUGCUCCUAAGAUUUCCGAUAAGGGUGAAUUAGCAGAGUUGAGGACAGGUUUGGUAUCACAAUAUCCUCAGACCCGUAAAGAUGCCAUAAAACAAACGAUUAAACAAAUGACUCUUGGGAAGGAUGUCUCUACGCUAUUCCCUGACGUAUUAAAGAACAUUGCAACAAAUGAUAUAGAACAAAAGAAACUAGUGUAUCUUUAUGUAAUGAACUACGCCGAGAUCCAUCCGGAACUUUGUAUAUUAGUAGUGAAUACCUUUGUUACGGAUGCACAGGAUCCAAAUCCAUUGAUUCGUUGCAUGGCUAUUAGAACUAUGUCCAUGAUUCGUGUCGAUAAAAUUUUAGAAUACAUCGAAACACCUUUACGUAAAACACUGCAAGAUGAUAAUCCAUAUGUUAGAAAGACAGCUGUGAUAUGUGUUGCGAAACUAUUCCAAUUAAAUAAAGACUUAUGCAUAGAGCUUGGUGUUCUGGAAGAUUUAUCUAACGCUUUGGGUGACACAAAUCCAAUGGUGAUAGCCAAUGCAAUUGCCUCCUUAACGGAGAUAUACAAUCUAGACGAAUCAGUUGUGCCAUUACCAACAUUAAUUCAAUCACAUUUUGACCAAUUUUUGAAUGCAUUAAAUGAAUGUACAGAAUGGGCUAGAAUCACUAUAUUAACUGCAUUAUCAGAAUACCGUGCUGUGGACUCAUUAGAGGCUCAGAAUAUUAUAGAUAGAGUGACUGCUCAUUUACAACAUGUUAAUCCAGCCGUUGUCCUAGCUACUAUCAAAGUCAUAAUAAAAAAUCUUGGUAUUAUCGAUGGUGGUCAAAAUAGUGAUCUCAUUAUGAAGAAGAUUUCAUCGGCACUAGUUUCUCUAAUGUCGACUCCACCAGAAUUGCAAUACGUCGCCUUGAAAAAUAUAAGGAUUAUUCUCGAGAAAUAUCCUGAGAUCCUAACCAAAGAAUUGAGAAUUUUCUACAUUAAAUUCAACGAUCCUCUUUAUGUAAAAUUAGAGAAGGUAGAAAUUUUAAUCAGGCUGGUAGAUCCAUCAAAUUUAAAGCAAUGCACUUUACUAUUAAACGAGCUGAAGGAAUAUUCUAUGGAACUUGAACCAGAAUUUGUCUCUCGUUGUAUUCUGGGCCUUUCUCAGUUAGGUAUUAAAUAUUCAGAUGAAAGAUUUAUACAGAAGGUUCUAGAUAUAUUAGUAGAAUUACUUGAAUCAGGCCAGGACUCAAUCAAAGAUGAUUGCUGUAUCGCUUUGUGCAACUUAUUAAGACAUUGUCCAACCAAUGCUUCAAUGAGUAAAAAUGUAUGUUCUCUAUUAAAUGCAUGGACUUCACCUGUAACAUUAUUACAACAAGACUCAGCAAAAUGUAAUUACAUAUGGUUGAUGGGUGAAUACCCCCAGCAUUUUUCGACAUUGAAUGACAAGAUUGAUGAGUUUGUUGAAAAUUUUAGUGCAGAAAGUACUCUAACACAAAUUUUGCUAUUAAUAACAGUGGUCAAAUUACACAACACAUUAAAGGGUAGCGUACUUCAAACUGUACUUGAAUGUGCCACACAUGAAACAUCUGAAGUAGAUGUCAGGGAUAUGGCUAUGAUCUAUUGGAGAUGUUUAUCGAUUGACGAUUCUUCAGCUCUAGUAUCACAACUAUGCAACCUACAUGCCCCUGUGAUCAAUAGUACUAUUGACACAUUUUCACCAGAGGUUCUAGAAAAAUUGUUAAGUCAAUUAGGUACGAUAAGUUCGAUAUAUUUUAAACCAAUGGAUGAUUCUAUGCGUAAACAAUUACAACAUCAAAACAUAAUCAAGGGUAAACAUUUUGAUGAACUGCAAAGUCUUGCCAAAAAUGAAUUAGAGAGUAAGAAUAACGACGAUAUUUUAUUAGAUUUUGAUUCUGAAUCUGUAAAUCAGAACACCUCCGGUCAAAACCAAAAUAACAACUUACUGAGCGAUCUGGAUGAUCUUUUCGACUUUGGUGCAACAUCUUCAUCAAAUAACAACCAAAGGUCUGAGACGGCGACUGAAGAUAUGAAUAAAUUGUCCUUGAAUAAUACUGACAGUUCGAAAUUAAACGCAACUAGCUUGAACACUGAUGAUUUAUUGAAUCUCUUUUAA